ACUCUCCUUGGAGCUUUGCGGAGGAGACUUCCCGCUGAAGUUACUGCGUGCCUGAAUGGGAAAAGCAGCUGGCAGCCCUCUGAGGUCUGGCCGUAGGAUGUGGGGUGAGCUAGACAGAUACUGCCCAGGCUACUUACAGUCAAUUACUUUACUUGGAGAGCUAUUGUCCAUUUGUGUGUAAAAGAAGAAGAAAAAGAAAAGAGAAGAAAAGAAAAGAUAAAAGAAAAAAGAUGAGAUUCCAGCCCCUUUUUUGGGUAUUUUUUAUUUUUGUGAUGAGUCUCCUUUUUAUCAGCGAACAGAAACCAGUUAAUUUUCCCAGGAGAAGAAAACUAUACAGACACAACUGCUUCCGCAGGAGAUGCAUUUCGCUUCAUUCUCGAGUGCCCUUCCCAUGAGGUAUUUCUGGACAGACGGGGUUCCCCCGGCCCCGGCGCCU